CUUGAAUGUAUCUUCAUUCUUCGAAAUUGGAGGCCUUGGGCCAUAGGAUAGUACAUUCACUAGUUAUGAGGGCUUGGCCGCUCUUACAUUAUUGGUAAAAUUUAACUAAAUGGUGUACAUUACAGUGCCUAGGGACCUCUUUCCCGUUGGGGCGUUUGAGCUUGUAAGUCCCAGGUUUGAUGAUGGCUGCUAUGAUGUAGGGGCCUUCGAAUUUUGGUGCCAUUUUUCCUCCCUCGGUUGGUUGGCUGGCUUCCCUCCUCCGGAGGACAUAGUCCCCCACUUGGAAUUCUCUGGUGCGAACUUUGGCGUUGAUGUAGCUUUUGACUUGCCUUCGGUAAUUUUCUGCCCGGAUGAAGGUGUAACACCCCGGCCCCAUAAGACCCGAGGUAGUUACUCCGGACCAAUAGUACUGUCCCCACAAACCACCACGAGCCUUUACCGCACACUUUGUCCUCACUCAUGCGCGCCCUGAGAAACUUCCCAAGGGGUCACCCAUCCCAAGACUACUCCCGUGCAAGCACGCUUAACUUUGGAGUUCUUGGGUGAUGAGCUCCCUUAAAAGGAGAUGCACCUCUGUUGGUAUGAGUAAUACUAUUAAUCCAUUUAUAUUAAAUCUCAAGUGUUACAAUCACCACCACUUAGGAUCGCAACGUCCUCGUUGCGUCCUUGAACCAAUCUCAAAUUUCAAUCAAAUCAUAUCCCAGAAUCUUCCCCCGCUAGGUGCCCGCCCGAUAUCCAACGGGUCAUCACACUGUCGCGGGGUUGCUCUGAUACCACCUGUAACACCCCGGCCCCAUAAGACCCGAGGUAGUUACUCCGGACCAAUAGUACUGUCCCCACAAACCACCACGAGCCUUUACCGCACACUUUGUCCUCACUCAUGCGCGCCCUGAGAAACUUCCCAAGGGGUCACCCAUCCCAAGACUACUCCCGUGCAAGCACGCUUAACUUUGGAGUUCUUGGGUGAUGAGCUCCCUUAAAAG